AUGUGGGGUGGGGGUAAGUUGUGGUGUUUGGUGGGUUGGUUUGUUUGUGUGUGGGUUGUGGGGGGGUUGUUUGUUUGGUUGGGGUGUGUUUUUAGUUUGUGUGGUGGGAGGGGUGGAUUGUGUGUGAGGGGGUGGGUUGGGUGUGGGGGUGGGGGUGUGGGAGGAGGGGGAAGGGGGGGUGGUGUUGGGUGGGUAUGUUGGGGGGGUGGUGGAAGUAUGGAGGAGGGGGGGGGUGGUGGGAUAUGGAGGAUUGGGGGGUGGGUGGGGGAGUAUGGGAGGAUGGGUGGUGGUGGUGGGAGAUGGAGGAUGGGUGGUGGGGGUGGGAGUAUGGGAGGUUGGUGGGUGGGUGGGUGGAGUAUGGGAGGAUUGGGUGGUGGGUGGGGGGAGGGGAAGUAUGGAGAGGGUGGGUGUGGUGGAAUAUGGGAGAUGGUGGUGGGGGGUGGAAUAGGGGAAGGGGGGGGGUGUGGGGGGGGGGAGUGGUUUGUGGGUUGGGUUUUGAGUGUAGGGGUGGGUGGGUAUGGUUGUGGGGGGUGUGGGUGUGGGGGGGGGGGGGUGGGUGGGGGGGGUGGGGGUGGUUUUGUUUGGAGGUGGUUUGGGUGUUGUUUUGUUUGUUGUGGUUAUGUUAUUUUGGGGUGGGGGGGGGUGGUUGGGGGGGGGUUUGUUGGGGGUGGGGGGGGGGGUGGGGGGGGUGGGAAUGGGGGGGGGGGGUGGUGUGGGGUGGUUGGGGUGUGUGGUUGGGGUGGUGGGGGGGGGUGGGGGUGUGGUUUUUGGUAUGGGUUGGUUGUUGUGGGUGGGUGUGUUGUUGUUGGGGUGGUGGGUGAGGGGGGGGGUGUGGUAUUAUGUGUGGGUGGGGGUGUUUGUGUGGGGGGUUGGUGUGUAGGGGUGGGGGGUGAGGUUUGGUGGUGGGUUGUGGGGUUGGUUUGGGGGUUGGGUGGUGUUGUGGGGGUGGGGGGGGUGGGUGGGGGUUGGGGGUUGGGGUGGGGUGUGGUGGUUGUGGGGGGGUGGGGUUUUGGGGGGGGGGUGUUGUGGGGGUGUGUGGGGGUUGGUUUGGUGUGGGGGUGGUUGGGUGGGGGGGGGGGGGAGGGGGGUGUUUGGUUGUGGGAAGGUGGAUGGAGUUUGUGGGUAGGGUGUGGUAGGGGGUAUGGUUGGUUGGUUGAUAUGAUGGGUAGGAGGGUGGGGGGGGGGGGGUUAUGGGGGUGGGAGAUGUGGGAAUUUGGGGGGUGUUUUGGUUUUGGGGUGUGGGGGAUUGUUUUGGUGGGUAGUUUUUUGGGGUUGGGGGAGAAAGGGGAGGGAGGAGAGGGGAUGUUGGGUAGGAGGGAAGAUUAUGUGGGGGGUUGUAUGGAGAGUGUGAAUUUAGGGGGGGGUUGGAGAGGGGGAUGGUUGAGUGGGGGGUUUGGGGAAUGUGGGUGUUUGUAUGUUUGUUUGGGUUGGGUUGGGUUGUGGGUGUUGUGUUUGGUGGUUUUUUUGUUGUGGUUUUGUGAUGUUGGUGAUGUAGUGUGUUGUGGGUUGAGGGGGGGAGGGGGUGUUGGGGUGGUUUGUUGGGUGUUUUGUUGUUGGUUUUGUGUUUUGUGUGUGUGUUUGGGUGGGGUGUUUUUAUUGUUGUGUUGGUGUGUUGUGUGUUGUGUGGGGUUUUGGUUGUUGUUGUGUUGGUGUUGUGUGUGUUAUUGGUUGUGUGGGGGGGGUUGGUGGGGUGUGUUUGGUGUGGUGUGUGUGUUGGGGGUUUGUGGUGUGGUUGUGUGGUGUGUUUUUGUGUGUGGUUUGUGGGGUUGGUGGGGGUGUUGGGGGGGUGGUGGGGGUGGUGGGUGGUGGUGGUGUGGGUGGGGGGGGGUGGUUGUUUUGGUGGGUUUUGUGGUGGGGGGGUGUGUUGGUUGGUGGUGUGGGGUGUUGUGUUGGUGGGGGGUGGUGUGGGGGGUUGUGUGGUUUGUGGGGGGUGGGGGUGGGGGUGGGUGGUUUGGUGGGGGGGUGGUUGGUGGGUUGGUGGGGGUGUUGGGUGGGUGGGGUGUUGGGGGGGGUGGGUGGGGGGUGUGGUUUGUGUUUGGUGGUGGGUUUUGUUUUUGUUUGUGUUUUGUUUUUGUUUUUUUUGUGUGUUGUGUUGGUGGUGGGGAGGGUUGUGUUGUUGACGUUGUGGGUUGUUGGGUGUGGUUGGUUUUGGUGUGUGGUGGGGGGUGGUGGGGGUGUGGGGUUGGGGUGGUUUGUUGUUGGUGGGGGGGGGGGGGUGGGGGGUGGGGUGGGUGGUGGGUGGGGUGUUGUGUUGGGGUGGGGGUGGUUGGGGGGUGGUGGUUGUGGGGGUGUGUGGUGGGGGGGGGUGUGGGUGGGUGGUUGGGGGGUGUGUGUGUGUGGUGGUGGUGGGGUGGGGGGGGGUGGGGUUGUGGUGGGGUGGGUGGGGGGGGGGGUGGUGGGGUGGGGGGGGGGGUGGUGUGGGGGGGGGGGGUGGGGGUUGUGGUUUUGGGGGGGUGGGGGGGGGGGGGGGUGGGGGGGGUGUGGUGUGUGUGGUGUGGGGUUGGGGGGGGUUUGGGGGGUGGGGUUUUGGGUUGGGGUGUUUGGUGGGGGGUGGUUGGUGGUGUGGUGGGGGGUGGUUGGGUUUGUUUUUGUGGUGGUGUUGUGUGGGGGGUUGUGUUUUUGUGGUUGGUGGUGGGUGGGGGGGUUGGUGUGUUGGUUGGUGGGGGGUUGUGUGGGUGUGGUGGGUUGGGGUGGGGGGGUGUGGUGGGGGGGUGGGUGGUGGUUGGGUUGUGGGGGGUUUUGUGUGUGUGGUGUGUUGUGGGGGGUGUGGGGGUUGGGGGGGGGGUGGGGGGUUGGGGGGGGGGGGUGGGUGGGGGGGGGUGGUGGGGUGAUGGUGGUGGGGUGGGAGUGGUUAGUGGUGUGUGGUUGGGGGGUGUGUGGUGGUGGGGGUGUGGUGUGGGGUUUGGUUGGGUGUUUGGGGUGUGGGGGGUUAGGGGGGGGGGUGUGGUGUGUGGGGGAGUGGGGGGUGUGGGUGUGGGGGGUGUGGGGGUGUGUGUUUGUGGUGUUUGGUUGGGUUUGUUGGGUUUUGGGUGUGGGGGGUGGUGGGUGUGUGUUGGUUUGUUUUUUGGUUUGGUUGGUGGGGGUGGGUUGUUGUUGUUUGGGGGUGGGGGUGUGUGGUUUUGGUGUUGGUUGGUGAAGAGGUUGGGGUGGUUUUGUGGUGUGUUGGGGUUGUGGUUGGGUUGGGUUUGGUGGGGUGGGUUGUGUGGGGGGUGGGUGGUUGGGUUGGGGUGGGUGGUGUGGGUGGUGGGUUGGUGUGGGUGGUUGUUUGGAGUUGUUGGUUUUGUGGGGUGGGUUUUAUUGGGGGGGGGUGGGUUGUGUUGUUGUGAGAAGAGGAUUGGGGUGUUGGGGAGUUGUGGGUUGUGUUGGUGUUUGUUAUUUUGGUGGGGGGGGGGGGGAGUUGGGGGUGUGGGUUUUGUGUGGGGGGUGGGGUGGGGGGUUUUUGUGGGUGUUUGUGUUGUUUGUUUGGUGGGUAUUGUGGUGGGGAGGGGGUUGGGGUGGGGUGGGGUUGGGGUUGAGGGGUGGGGGGGGGGUGGAUGUGUGGGGGGGGUGGGGUGGGGGGUGUGGGGGGGGUUUGGGGGGGGGGGGGGGGGGGUGGGGAGGGGGUUUUUGUUGUGGUUGGGGGGUGUGUUGUUGUGUGGUGGGUGUGGUGUUGGGGGUGGGGGGGGAUGUGGGUUGGGUGGGUUGUGGGGUGGGGGGGGUGGUUGGUGUGGUGGGGGUGUGGGGUUUGUUGGGUGGGGGUGGGGUGUGGGUGUGUGGGGGGAUUGGUGUGUGGGGUGUGUUGGUGUUGAUUUUGUAGGGGGGGGGGGUGGGGGUGUGGGUGGUGGGGGGGGUUGGUGGGGUGGUGGAAGGGGUUGUGGUUGGUUUUUUAUUGGGGGUGGUGUUGGGAUUGUUGGGAGUGAAUGGGGGGGGGGUGUGGGUGGGGAGUGGGGAGGUGGUUGGGGGGGGUGUGUGGGGGGAGUGAGGUUAGGUGGGGGGGUGGUUAGGAGUGGGUUAGGUGUAGGUUGGUGUGGGUGGGGGGUGGGGGGGGGUGGGGGUGGGGUUGGGUUGGGGGUGUUGUGGGGGGGUGAAGGGUUUGGGGUUGAUUUGGUAAGUGUAUAG